GGGGAUUUUAAAAAUGUCUGCGCCCAUGAAAAGUACAUGAGAAAAUGUCAUACUUUAAAAGAUUAGUUUCUAAGAAGAUCGCCAAUGCUCUGGCAAGAAGCUGUAAGGCUGGAAUUACUGAAAAGGAAUUAGCGAAUGAAGUUUACUUCAUUGCAGGCCAUGGAAAUCUCAAAUAUACCAAUGACAAACUCCCAUCUGUGUGUGUAAACAGGAAAAAACUGCAAGAAUUAAUGCAAUUAUCGAAACCAGAUUUGGAAAAUGUUGUGUUUGAUAAGAAUCCAGAGUUUGAAAAUGUAAUGUCUUAUCACAAAGGACAGGAAAUCCAUUUUAUGGUGAACCCUCAGAAGUUUAUGCAGGAGGUGCUAAAGGAAGUGUGUAGGAGAAGGGAUCAGUAUGGUAAAACAGAAAACAUAGGCAGCAAAAAGCUGAAGAUUCUCGUGGAUUUCAGUUCCCCCAAUAUUGCAAAAGAGUUCCACGAGGGUCACCUACGUUCGACUGUGAUUGGGAAUUCCCUGUGUAAUUUAUACCAAGCUGCGGGACACGAUGUUGUGAGGGUCAACUACCUGGGAGACUGGGGAACACAGUUUGGUGUUUUAUUGAGCGGAUAUGAAAGAUUUGGUGAUGAAACCUCACUGGAAAGUAAUGCUCUUGCUCACUUGAGUGAAGUGUAUGUCAGAGCCAAUAAGGAGAUAAAAAAUGACCCCACUUUGACAGCAAGGGCCUCUGAAAUCAACAGACACUUAGAACAAGGAAACCAGGAUUAUCUGAAACUGUGGCAGAAGUUCCGGGAAAUAAGUAUCUCGGAGUAUAAGAAACUGUAUAAAAUGCUUGGAGUGGAGUUUGAUGUGUAUGAGGGGGAGUCCAUGUACUACAACAAGAGUACAGAGGUCAUAGAUCGUCUGGAGGAAAAAGGCUGCAUUGAAAGACCUGACUCCACCGACCUUGUUCUGGCAGUGUACCAGUGUCCAAAGACUGGCAGCAGGAGGGAGGUGGUGCUGCAGAAGCAGGACGGAACCUCUGUGUACAUCACAAGAGAUAUAGCAGGUGCACUUGAAAGAAAGAAAAGAUAUGGAAUGGAUGCCCUACAGUAUGUGGUUGAUGAGAGACAAGAUGGGCACUUCACAAACCUCUUGAAUUUGUUGAACAUAAUGGAGCCCUCACAGUCUUGGAGUAAAGGUGUUGACUUUUACCGGUUGUUUGGACAAAUUGAGGGCCUCAGUACUAGAGAAGGAAAAGUCUUACUGUUGAGAGAUAUUAUUGAGGACUUAUCCAAUGCCAUGUUAGAGUCUAUGCAGCAUCAUGACCACAAGUACUCCAAAGAAGACUGCGACCCUGCAGAACUCCAACAAAGAGCCCUGACUAUGGCCAUUAGUCACCUCAUUUACACAGAUCUCCGAUCCAAUCACAAUAGGCCUUACAAAUGGAAGGCGGAGUUAGAGAAUGUGCGAAGCUGGAAGCGGCGGAAAGGAAAUGUCAUACCAGUACAGUACUGCCAUGCUAGACUUUGUCAAUUGUUAGAAAAUUCAGCAUUGGGGCUAACCAUUAACCCUGAUGUUAGUAUGGAGCAUUUGAUUUCCAGUGAUCCAACUUCGGUGUCAGCGCUUCCAUUACAACUUGUAUCACAGAUAGCGAGGUUGGAAGAAGUUAUUCAUGAAGGAGUGAAUCAAAGUCAGUCCUACUGCAUCCACCAUUACAUAGAACACCUAGUUGCACUCAUAGGAAAGGCGUACAAGAAUUACAUAGUAAAUGACAAAAGUUUAACACUGGAAGAGAUGGAGGCUCGGUUUCUGUUGUUCUUCUGUGCCAGACAGACACUUUCUAAUGCUCUCAAACUUCUGGGAAUUCCUCCAAUGAAAAAAGUUUGACUUGGAGAGAGAGAGAGAGAGUGAGAGAGAGAGAGAUUUUCAUUUGAAUAAAUUAUAA